AUGAUACGCCAAGAGGGUCUUAACUGCGAAAUGCCUGUGAAUAAUUCAUUUUCACCCUUCUCGGACUUAAGACGGGCGAUAUAUCAAACUUCGGGAGAAAGUUAUCCAAGCAGUAAUGGAGGCUACCAAGGUGUUGCAGCGAACAUUCAUAAAUAUGACUGCAGUUUUCAAACUGGCGAUGAUGGCGCAGUUGGUGACCAGGGCGUCGUGUACGAACAACUUGGAGCCGAAGGCAACCUUGUUCCGACGGCUGGUCGGGAACAUGAAGCCGACGAGCCUCAGCAACGCGAGGAUCUUAUGUCGUGCCGGAAGCCGAUCACCGUUGGGAAAGAGGACCACAUGAUCCUCCCAGCAUGCCGGAAGUACCCUAUGUUCAACCACCCGUCACAGUACCCUGUCGGCAUUCAAAACUUUGGACCCAGCGGACCGGAAUAUGGGAAAUCUGCCUUCACCGGUGGCGGAGCGCUAUACCCGUCCACGUUUCAGCGGCAGAACCCUGCCUAUUCCAUGCCAAUGUAUACAGACUCAUUCGGCAUGGGACAACAUUAUUACCAUGGUGGCCAGAUGUCCCCGGCCCUCGGACACUCACCCCCGGGACUCAUGCCCAUGGGGUGCGUCCAGCCGGGCCCCGGGGCGGGCUUUUACCCCCACAACAGUGUGUGUGUGUACCUGUGUAAUAGAGACCUGUGGUCCAAGUUUCACCAGCACACGUGCGAGAUGAUCAUAACCAAGCAAGGAAGACGAAUGUUCCCGACCCUACAGUACAGCUUGACGGGACUGGAGCCCCACAGUCAGUAUAAUGUAUUUGUGGACAUUGUGCUAGCAGACAACAGUCAUUGGAAGUUCCAGAACGGACACUGGGUCCCCUGCGGUCAGGCCGAGCAGCUCCCCCAAAACGGACGAGUGUACCUCCAUCCGGACUCUCCCAACUCCGGUGCACACUGGAUGAAACAGGACAUCGUGUUCAGCAAGCUCAAACUGACCAACAACAAAAACGCCGAGUCGGGACAGGUGAUCCUGAACUCCAUGCACAAGUACCAACCGCGAAUACAUGUGAUUCAACUUGACGCAUGCGCACCGGAGGACCAGAAGAGCCUGCAGACACACUCAUUCCCGGAAACACAGUUUAUCGCAGUCACUGCCUACCAGAACACAGAUAUAACUCAGCUUAAAAUUGACCACAAUCCAUUUGCCAAGGGAUUCCGAGACAGCUUUGACAGGUGUCCAGAAAGGACAACGCCUUCCCCGCCAGGUUAUCCAAAUACAACAUUUCCGUUCUCCAUACCGAGGUCGAUAAACUUCGGAGGGCGACACAACAGCCAAUCAAAUCGCCUCUAUCCUCUUACGUCAUCAAAUACUACAAGCAACGGAACCAAUUUUAGCCAAUCAGAAAGUGGGACAUCAUACAACGAUAGCACAACGGAAACAAAACCGGAACUGAACAUAGUUCAAGACAGAAAUGAGGGGAAAACAAGUUCGAUUGAAUUAGAAAAAGAACAGAUGCUUCAUUCACAACAAAUGCGUAAAACUUCAGAAAUCGUUCACAUCAAACCAGAGCCUUGCACACUUGUACAGAACCGAUGGGCAGACGACAAUAGGCAGACUGGUUUAUCUGAUACUUCUGAACCUGCUUUAAAACGAAUGCGAUUUGUAGAAACCAGUCAUCAUUAUGACACUGAGGACAGUUCUGCGAUUACUGCGCAUGCGCCCGAAAAUGUUCGACAUUCAUUGGAAGAUGGAAAACACGCGUUCCUGGUUACAAACAAUGGGUACGACUUACAACAUUGUAAAACAGAGGCUCCGAGCUGGUAG